AUCAAAUUGCCUUAGCAAUCUUUGAGAAUACAAGCUUCAAUUGCCUUCAAAGGAAACAGACCAAGAAAACUCAAAGGAAUCAUCAUCCGAGAUGGAGAUCGACUCAUGCACUCUCAAAGCCGUGAGUUCCUCACCGUCCGAGAAAAUCCAUCUCCGACCAAUGACUCUCUCCGACAUAGACGACUUCAUGGUCUGGGCAACUGACAUAAACGUCACACGCUUUUGCACGUGGGAGCCUUGCACGAGCCGAGAAGCCGGCAUAGCUUACAUAAACAGCUUCGUUUUGCCACACCCUUGGCUCCGAGCUAUCUGCUUAGAUGAUGACCGCGCCAUCGGCUCGAUCUCGGUCACGCCCGUCGAUAGUAUCAGAGGAGAGAUCGGUUACGUUAUCGGAAGCAAGUAUUGGGGGAAAGGGAUAGCGACGGAGGCGGUGAGGCUUGUCGCGGCGGAGAUAUUCAAGGAAAAGCCGGAGAUGGAGAGGCUUGAGGCUCUUGUGGACGUAGAUAACAUUGGGUCUCAAAAGGUUCUUGAAAAAGUUGGGUUUGUGAGAGAAGGUGUGAUGAGGAAGUUCAUGUGCCUUAAAGGGAAUGUUAGAGAUAUGGUCAUGUUUAGUUUCUUGCCUUCUGAUUCUUUGCUCUAAUCUGAUUUUGAAUUAACAAAGAUCAGUCAAUUCACAUGUAUAAUUUGAUAUGAUGAUGUUCUAUUUUUCUUUUUCUUAUGUUGUUGUAACCUUAUAGAUUUACUAUUUUACACCAAAAU